UGAAAAUUAUUUGAAGGUUAUGUUUAUAUUAUUGAAUGGAUAGUUAUUGAUUGGAAUACUUCAUAAAUGGUAAUUAAUAAUGUGUGAAAUACAUACAAACCUAGUGAGCGUGUAAUACAAUUGAUUAUAAUCACGAUGAGUACCGUACAGGAUGCCGGCUCCGAGACGUUUCAACAGUUUCCAUCAAAUAGAAUUAUUGUCAUCCACCCAGGAUCCCUCUAUGUGCGUAUCGGAAGAGCGUCUGAUCUGCUGCCCGUAAAACAAUUACAUUGCAUUGCUAGAAAACGGCGCUCCAAUGGAAAAAUAUAUCGCGAUCCCUUCGUCCCACCUAGUGUGCCAAAAACAAAAGAUCUGAUAGAGGAAUUGGAAGAAUGUCGCUUGCAAAUAUCGCACACGCUACAGUCUUGCAUGCAGUCGAAUGGAGCCAGGAGAUACGCUACGCCUCCUCAACAGAUAGCAGCAUUUAAUCGUCGAUCUCUGCCUGAAAUCGUGAAUGACGGGGAACCAUGGCCUCAAGUGGAAUGUGACAUUAUUAUCGGCGACUUAGUACUCGAUGUAGAUCCAGAACUGCCAUACAAUAUACACUUUCCAUACAAGAGAGGCGAUUUCAACAUACAUUCUGAAGUGGGUGGUUCAAUUUCAUCAGUACUUAAUGAUCUUUAUACUAUAUGGAGUUCCAUAAUAGAGUUUAAGCUUGGUAUACCUCUAAUAGAGUUGGUCAAAUAUAGAUGUGUGCUGCUCAUACCAGAUAUUUACUCAAGGACUCAUUUAAAAUAUUUAAUGUCUUUAUUAUUAAGGGAUUUAGGCUUUGGAGAUUGUUUCUUGGUACAGGAAAGCGUAGGUGCUACAUUUGGAGCUGGUAUAGGAUCAGCCUGUGUUGUUGAUAUUGGUGACCAAAAAACUGCAAUUUCAUGUGUUGAAGAUGGCAUUUCACACAAAACAACUAGAUUAAGAAUGGACUAUGGAGCAGGAGAUGUGUGUCAAGCAUUAUCUUGGAUGUUCCAUAAGAGUGCUUUCCCAUACAAAAAUUGGAAUGAAAAUAUACCCCGAGAUGUAAUUCUCAUGCGAAAUCUUUAUCAAGAUUUCUGCCAUGUAAACUUGGAUGUGUGUGGCCCACAAGAGAAAACGUUUUUGGUUGACCAUCCUGGAGAUGUUGUAAAUAAGUUCACUCUACAAGUUGGUGAUGAAUGCAUUAUAUCACCUCUUGCAUUAUUUUACACAGAUCUACUCAAAAUAACAGGACCUAAAGUUACCAAGAUUCAGAAUCGACAAGCAAGUGAUCCUGAGGAUCCUUUUGAUGCAGAAUUUCUGAGAGAAACAGGAAGGAAGAAGGAAAAUGCUGAUGUAUCUGCUAAUGAGAGUCAGCAAAUUGAAACAACUAAUGAAGUACAACCAUCAGCUAAUCCUGAUGAAGAUAUUGUUGUAGAUACGUUAGAAGGUGGCCCAGCAGACAUAGUUUCUCUAGCUCCUGGUCAAGUAUUAAGCUUAGACGCAGCUAUACUACAAAGUAUAGAUCGUUGUCCCAAUGAGGAGUUAAAACGAAAGAUGUAUAGCAGUAUUUUGAUAGUUGGAGGCGGUGUGAAAGUACAUGGGUUAAAUAUUUGGUUACAAAACAGAUUGGCAUUGCAAAUCCCAUAUGCAUACAAGACUGAACAGUUGGAAAUAGUUACUUCACCAAAGGAUAUAGAUCCUGCAAGUACUGUAUGGAAAGGUGCUGCGGUUAUGUCAUGUUUGGAGUCAGCUAUUGAAUUGUGGAUUAACCAGAGCGAAUGGAAUAAAUAUGGAUUGAAGAUAUUGAGAGAAAGAGCACCGUUUAUUUGGUGACCCUAAUUUUAUUGUUUAAGUUGGACUUACAUUUUGUACAUAGUGGUUAUAUUUUGAAGAUUAAAGCAAGAAGGACUUAAUAUAAUUAUGUUACAUAAUAUAAAUGGAUUGUGAC